AUGUCCAGAAGAUCAUAUUUGUUGAAGCGCCUGGCAUUUGCCACGGCCUUAGUGGCAUUCCUGGCUAUAAUCACUGUUAUCGCUGCAAUCAUCACCUGUCAAAAGCAAAAGAAUAAAAUCACAGGCCCUGGGCACCCAAACACCGAAGUGGAUCCUUCUGGGCCACCACCGAGCGCCAGGUUGCCUAAGGACCUAAUACCGGAUAGCUACAGGAUUUACAUCCAGGUUCACCUGCACACCACGACGAAUGUUACAGACUAUACGUCUACAUUCAGUGGGAACUCCACUGUGAAGUUCUGGUGUGUGGAAGCUACUCAGUUUAUCAUCAUCCACUGCAAAGAGCUGAAUGUGACAUCUAUCCAUCUCACCGACGAACGCGGUUCUGCCGUAGCUGUAAAAUAUACCUCGCUGAAGGACGAUUACAGUAAUUUCUUAGAAAUCGAACUUACAGACACGCUAAGAGUUAAUACAACAUAUUAUCUCUUCACCGCCUUUGAAGGACUGUUGGGCUUUAACCAAGACGGGUUGUAUAUUAGCCAGUACAACGAAAAUACAGGCAAUCAGAGUUUGUUCAGAUUUCUUGUAGCUAGCCAAUUGGAGUCUGUGGCAGCUAGAAGAGUGUUUCCCUGUUUUGAUGAACCGGCGAUGAAAGCUGUAUUUAAUGUCACCGUAAUACAUCGGUUGGGCACUGUAGCGCUCAGCAACGCUGCUCAAAAAGAUCAAAAGAAAAUGACCAUUGACAGAGAGGAAUGGCUUAUUACGGAGUUUCAUCCAACUCUCAAAAUGUCCACCUACCUCCUAGCCUUGACAGUCUCUGAAUAUACUUGUAAAACGACAGACUAUGGAAGGUAUGUUCUUAAGACAUGGGCACGACCAGACGCCGUUGCCGCUGGCCAUGUGGAUUACGCCCACAGCAUAGCUGGGGACAUCAUUGAGUUCUUUGAAGAUCUCUAUGACAUAAAGUAUCCCUUGAAUAAGCUGGACCAGAUUGCUGUGCAGAAUUCUACUGCAAGUGGUAUGGAAAACUGGGGUCUAAUAAUCUACCAGGAGGAAAUAUUACUUUAUGACAAAGACCUUUCCCCGAUGUCCCACAAGUUCCUCAUUGCCGAGAUCGUUGCCCAUGAAAUAGCUCAUCAGUGGUUUGGAAAUCUGGUCACAAUGGAAUGGUGGAAUGACCUGUGGCUGAAUGAAGGCUUUUCCACAUACAUGUCAUACUUUGGUGUGGAUAAAGUUGAGCCAACCUGGAAUUUUAAAGAACUGUUCUUCGUCAAUGAGGUUCAGGGCCUGUUUGAAAUGGAAUCCAAAGAUAUCCACCGGCUGCUCAUUCCUGACGUGGAAUCAAUUGUUACACCCCACGACAUCGAGGAACUAUUUCACUUCACCACCUAUAGCAAGGGGGCAACAGUGUUGAGAAUGCUGUCUAGUUACGUGACGGAGACGGUCUUUGUCAGCGGCGUGAAGUCCUAUCUGAAGGCAUACCAGUAUAAAAACGCAGAACACCAGGAUCUCUGGAGACACAUACAGGAAGCGGUAAAUAACGAUACCAUUCAAGUUGCCAACAUGAUGGAGUCCUGGACCAAACAACCAGGGUUUCCUCUUAUUACCAUCAACACCUUGUCUGGAAACAUAUCUCAGCGCUACUUUGGGUUGAAGGAAAACGCACAAUACAACAUAAUAUGGCAAGUUCCAAUUACACUGCUCAAGUCUGGUUCGCAGGAAAUAACGUCGGCUCUACUGACUGAAAACGGCCCCGUUUCAAAUCCAAUAUAUCAGUCAAAUAACAAUGAAUGGAUCCUAGCCAACGUCAACUGCACUGGAUUCUACAGAGUGAACUACGACCCGGACAACUGGGACAGGCUUCUGCAGCAGCUUGGCACAGACCACCAUAUGAUUCCCGUCGUCAACAGAGCACAGCUUAUCGACGACGCAUUUGCACUAGCCCUAACCAAGGAUGUCAAUAUCACUUUGGCUCUCAGCUCUACCAAGUACCUACACAAGGAUCUGGAAUACAUUCCCUGGGCGACUGCCUGGGCUAAUCUUCAUCACAUCAUUCUGAUGUUAGAUCGUUCAGAAGACUAUCGCUUCAUCGAGGCAUACCUGAGGAAGCAGGUCACCACGCUUUAUGACCAUUUCGAAGCUUUCACCAUGAAAUCAUCCGUCCCUGAUCUGCUCACUGCACAGUACCAUCAGACUAUAGUCAUCGAAAUAGCAUGCGGCAGUGGUCUAAGUAAAUGCCAGAAGAUGGCCAUUGACACAUUCAAUCAAUGGAGACAGAACUCCACCUCAAAAUGGAUCCACCCAAACCUGCGAUCGCUCAUCUACUGUGCUGCCAUAGCUGCUGGAGGUCGGCAAGAGUGGGAGUUUUUGUGGCAGAUGUUUCAGAACACCACUGCCGAGACAGAGAAAGACGUUCUGAGAGAUGCUCUGUCCUGCACCAAGGAUACCGAGAUCCUGAAAAGACUCCUGGAAUUCACUCUGGACCCGGAUAAGAUAAAGAAGAAUGAAUUUUAUUAUUUUAUGAAAUCCAUCACGGAGAACGUGGCAGGUCAAUCUUUAGUUUGGGACUUUAUCCAGAAGCAGUGGACAUACCUAAAUCACACAUACGGAGGUGAGGAGCUAAUGUUAGGCAGCGUAAUCGAAGCUGUGACAGAACGAUUCUCCUCCGAAACUGAACUCCAGGAGUUGAAACAGUUCCUGGCGGACCACGGAGGAGCAGACUUUGGUUCCGAGCUGUGGGUUCUUGAGCACGCCAUCGAACGGGCAGAAGCUAACAUUAAGUGGGUGGAGGAAAACAGGCGGAUCAUUCUGGAGUGGUUUCGUGGAGAAUCUGUGGCUUAUUAAGAUUCAUAGCUUUUCCCAGGAAAGUGCGGAAAGAAUUCUCCAGAUGAGAACCAGAUGGAGGGAGGAAGCGGAACGCCGAAACAAUGUGCACUGCUGGGAUUACAGCAUUCCGCGCAGGCCUGCUAGCCGGGCGGCUCCUCUGAUGCCCGGCCGCCUCAGGAAUGGUCCGGCAUGUGCAACAUUAAUGGGAAGAUAGCAAAUGAGUUUCUCACUAUCAUCAAUUGAAGCGCGCGGUAUAACAGGUCACAUUUUUAUUACACUUAUGCAAGAAUCAGUGUAAAAAUAAUUUCAUUACACAUAGUAUUUUAUUACUGUUUCAGACCCCAAAGACUAUCUUUAAAGUACAUCUUUAGGUCGGCACGUACUCAGGUAUAUGGAUAAUUUAAACUUCUUAAAUCUGAUUAAGUAACAGAAAAAUAAUGAACAGAUUUAUUGCAGUCGCAUUUAGACUUAUAUAAACAAAAUUACUGAGAUUAUACAAAGCAGUUCAUGUGAGUUACAUGUUACAUUUUAGAUGUUUUAAGCUGGGAGCUGAUUGUAUAAACAGAACUGGAAACUGGAGCAGCCAGGCCAGUUACUGACUGGUCCAAAUUGAGUCACUGUGUUCCUGCAUCUUGGCUUCGGAUGGAAUGCAGGGGCGCCAAAGGAGUCUGUGUUUUUACAAAUGAGUUUCCCCCUAAUGUGAAUGUCAAAUAUUCUCUGUUUGGUCACCUUACCUGUAGCCAGACUAUGGUCAUUAUGGCGCCUACCCAUUCGCUUCGUUGUUUGACAAGUGGAGCAGAGCGGACUCAGAAAUACGUGCAGUUUAAGUUAUGGCCACAAGACGGCAGUGUGGAACUACUCUACUGGAAUGUUUACGCAAUAGGAAUGGACUAGUCCCACCAUUAAAUUUAUAUUUUAAAAAGCUUGCCAUAAUCUUUUAAAGGCGAUUUUUAAACAUCGGUUGAAGAAACAUUAAACAUUUCAGAGGUUCUCAAAGAAAAUUAAGCUCAAACUGGUAGUAUUGAUAUAUCGUGAUCCAUUGUGUGAACUUUGUCUCAUUAACCAAAAUCAUGUAUAAAAAGUUGAAAGGAUAGAAGGUAAAUUUUCCAUCAGGCAUAUUAUUAUUAUUAUUAUUGUUAUUAUUAUUAUUAUUAUUAUUAUUAUUAUUAUUAUUAUUAUUAUUAUUACACCCCAUAACCUCAGGGAGCAAUAUUAUGUAAUUUUUUACAUUCUAUGAAUAUUUUUCUAGCUUAGUUGCAUUCUGUAAAACAUGAAUGUUGUCCUUGUUGGUAAGAUAAUGCAGAACAAUGAAAAUGUAUCCAUCAAGAAACUUGCAUUGUAUGCUGCCCUAGUUUUUUGUAGCUCGUUUUAUGCAGAGCUACAGUGAAAGGGCUGAAUGAAUGAAAGCUGCAAUAUCUAUUUGUUUGUAGCUGUAGAAAAACAAACAACCCAAAUAUCCCUGUUCUUUUGUUUCAUUAUUAAUAUUGCAAUAUUGUCAAUAUGUAUUUGUAAUAAAACAUUCAACAGAA